UCACUGAAGAAUGUCCUUUAUUUCCAAGCUGGGCUUGGAGUCAUAGCCAAUAUAUUUCUUCUUUGUUUCUAUAUCUUCAUAAUCCUGGGUCAUAGACCUAAGCCCACAGACCUGAUCUCCUGUCAACUGACCUUCGUUCACACAAUAAUGUUCCUCACUGGGGGGGAUAUUUUGCUUACAGACUUAUUCGUGUCACUGAACAUUAAGAAUGACUUCAAAUGUAAGGCAACCUUUUACAUAAGCAGGGUGAUGAGAGGCCUCUCUAUCUGUGUCACCUGCCUCCUGAGUUUGUUCCAGGCUGUCACUAUCAGUCCCUGUAUCUCGGUGUUGGCAAAGUUUAAACAAAAACUGAAAAAAAAAAACAUGAUCAGUGCUUUAAUUUAUAUUUGGUUUUUCAAUUUCUCUGUCAGUAGUGACAUGAUAUUUUAUGUUGGUGGUUUUACCAUUGUGAAUGAGAUGAAGGAGAUGAAGGUUACUAAAUCAUGCUCACUCUUACCCUUGAACUACAUUAUUAAAGGACUGGUUUUAACAAUGACAACCUUGAGAGAUGUGUUUCUUGUAGGAGUCAUGCUAACCACAAGUGCAUACAUGGUGAUUAUCUUAUUCAGGCAUCAGAGGCAAUGCAAGCAUCUUCAUAGCAUCAGUCACCUGAGAGCAUCCCCUGAGAAAAGGGCCACCCAGACUAUUGUGCUGCUAGUGGUUUUCUUUGUGAUCAUGUACUCGGUGGACUUCAUCAUCUCAGUGACCUCAGUCCUGUUAUGGAUGUAUGAUCCAGUUGUCCUGACUGUUCAGAAGGUUGUGGUAAAUGCAUAUCCCACAAUUACUCCUUUGGUACAAAUAAGUUUUGAUAACAGAAUAAUCAGUAUGCUGAAAAAUCUGCAAGAGCUGUGGUAUAGGGUCAGCUCCAGGUGUAGGCGUUUUGGAUCCCUUCAUUCAAUUCCUUCACCUGUUUGA